AUGGAUCCAUUCGCAGAAGCAGUGAUGAAAGAAUUUAAGCCUAUGAAACAUAGAACAUGUUCGUCAUUAAAACCAUUAACAUCAAUCGAUCAAGAUUUCGAUGCAGACGUGGCAAAGUUGUUGAUACAUGAAGAACGAAUAAGUCAAUUUUUCAACGAGUCAACUCAAUCAGGGUUCUCAUGCUGCUAUCAUAAAGUUGAAGACUCUUCUAAUUCUCUGGUUUAUUCUAAUUGCAUCCAAUUUAAGACAAACCAUCAACUCAUGCCAGAUGAAGAAUUUUUGCUGGUGAAAUGUUCAGCUAGCGAGAAUUCGACUACUAAACUGAUUUAUGUGAAUGGACAUUCAAUUGUGAGAAUGAAAGAAAACGUGAGACAACGUAUAGAAAAUUCAACAGAAGACAAACUCAGCAUACUUUUACUAGGACUUGAUAGUGUGUCGAGGAUGCAAUUCAUACGAUCUUUCCCAAAUUUAUUGGAUCAUUUGAAGAAAACUGGCUGGUUUGAGUUGAAAUUUUACAAUAAAGUCGGUGACAACACUCUGCUGAAUCUUUUUCCGCUAAUGACUGGUAUAAGCACCAGAGAGGCAAAAAAGAUCAAAGAUUCUGGGAAAUCUGAUGUUCUUCCAUUCCUUUGGGAAGACUUUAGAGAUGCUGGUUAUGCAACUAUUUCUGCUGAAGAUAAUAUGCCGUAUAGUACAUUCCAUUAUCUUGAAGGUGGAUUUGAGGAACAUCCCAUUGACUAUAAUUUUCAUACUUACGCAAGAUUAUUAGAGACAAAUUUAGAAAAGAGCGAAUGCGAUGAUUUAAAUCCAAUUUCAACAUACAGAGCUUUCCUUGGUUUCCAUUACUAUGUUGAUUAUCUCUAUGAAUAUGCAUUCGCCUUUCUUAGAAUGUUUCGAAGCAAACCAACAUUUUCAUUCAUUUGGUCAGGAUCAUUCACACACGACAAUAUUAAUUUGCCAUCAUCAAUGGAUGACAAAAUGUUGGAUUAUUUGAAAAAGCUUGAAGACUUCGGAACUCUUGGAAACACUUUCGUUGUUUUCUUCAGCGAUCACGGAAUGCGUUAUGGCAAACAUAUUCUUAAGUUGGUUGGAGGAACCGAGAAAAAUUACAUUGAAUGGAAAGUCACUUGUCCUAGUUGCCAAAGUAUUUUCGAAGAAAUUCCAAUCAACCGAAAGUGUGCUGAUGCUGGUAUCCCUGACGGAUGGUGCGCUUGUAAAGAUUUUGAAGAAGUUAAGUUGAAUUCGGAGAUAACUAAGAAACUAGCAAAUAUAAUUAUAGAACACUUGAACAAUGGUCUUGCUUCUUAUCCUAAUUGUGCUAAUUUAACGUUGGAUUUUGUUCGUUCAUCUUACAAAUCAGAAUUGGAGGUUUCAUCUGAGAAAUUAACAGAUUUCCUUAUAUCGUUUGAUGCGAAUCCAUCAAAAGCAGUAUUGCAAGCAACUGUUCGCUGUGAAAAUGGAUCAAAUUGUGAUCAUUAUAAAAUUAUUGGAGGUGUUUCGAGAUUAAAUGCGUACCAUGGUCAAAGUGACUGCAUUGCAGAUGCUCAUCAAAGAAAAUAUUGUUAUUGUAUUUAA